AUGCCAUAUGUGUUAUCAGUGCAUAAUCGAGUGCAGGGAAUGUUCACGUACGCGAGCUUGCGUGAACAACUCACAACCGUUCAGACGGAAUCUAUUCAGUGGGAAUGUUCUGAAAUCUUGGCCAUCCACCAGCGGCCCAUCACAGCUUACCAACAGGAACUGCUUACAGUUGGAUUUCAGAACUUCCCUUUGGUUGUGAUAUUGAUUCUGGUUCGUCCUGAAUAUUUGCUGGAUGAAGAGCGAAUGAUGUUCAGAGUAGAACACUUUCUUGCUUCCUCUGCUGGACUGGUCUCAAUACCUCCAAUGACUCGAUGGAAACCCCUUGGGAGCAGUGGCUCUUCCUUCUCGUCAAUUGUUGCUCAAUCAUCUUCAACAUCGUCAAAAGCCGCUACGCCCCAGAUGGGUAACAAUAAAUUCUGCCAGUGGUGUGGUGGCCCUAUGAAGCAUGCUGUUCCUGAUGGAGAUGAAAGAAUGAGAGCUAUUUGCACGAUUUGCGGCAAAAUUGCCUAUCAGAAUCCAAAAAUGGUUGUUGGUUGCCUAGUUGAACAUGACAACAAGGUUCUACUUUGCAAGCGUAACAUUCCACCAAGUCAUGGCCGUUGGACGCUUCCUGCUGGCUUCAUGGAAAUGGGGGAGUCUGCUGCAGAAGGGGCAAUGAGGGAAACUUGGGAAGAAGCAGGUGCAAAGGUGGAAAUAAUCUCACAUUUCGCUCAUCUCGAUAUUCCUCGUAUUGGCCAAAGUUAUAUAAUUUUUAGGGCAAGGUUGAAGAAGCCUGAGUUUUCACCUGGUGCUGAGUCAAUGGAGUGCCAGCUUUUUAAACUGGAAGAUAUACCAUUUGAUUCUCUGGCUUUUUCAUCAAUGCUGGUUACAUUGAACUUGUAUGUUCAAGAUGUCAAGUCUGGAAACCCCAAGUUUCACUUUGGUAUCAUAAACAAGAGAGAAGGCACUGGUCCCUUGGAUAUUCACGCCUACACUCUUGAUUCCCAUUUGACGUCUGAUGAUUCCCUUUGCCAUUCUUUCUUUGUUAAACAUGAAACAUAGGGAGGCGAGUUGCAGAUACAGUAUCUUUGUCAGCAUUGGAGUUCUUUUUCGUACUUCUGUGGAAAAGAAAGGGAACUGAUGGCACUACACAGUUGAUGAACAAGAUCAACAAAUAAUGAGAAUAUCAGGAUAGGGCCAUAGGUAGGUGUUUGUAAGGGUGGUAUGAUGAUUUCCCUGUUGAUUACAGAUAAAUUUGUUACUGUUAGUCAAUUACUUUGUAUAUUGUACUGCUCAUUUUAUGAAUGAACGAAGAGAAAAAAAUUGCACUUUUCAUUUUCU